AUGAGACCUAACGUAAACAUUGAAUACCUAUGGUGGCUCUCCUUGACUAUCCUGCUGGUUUUGGUGAUCGCAUCCACUUCUACAGCUGCCUCUCUUAAAGGCAACACGAAUCCCAUUUGCAAUGCCACAAUUGGUGAAUGCAGUGAAGAAGAGUUUUCUUUGGAAUCUGAAGUGUAUCAGAGACUUCUAGCCAAUCAAGCUGGUAAGUAUAUUAAUUAUGCAAGUUUAGUACAAAAUCAACGAGUUUGCGAUGCUCGCAUAUACGGCGACUGCGCAAAACCGAUCAAUGGUAACUCUCGGCCUUGCACUUACUACAAUCGGUGUAAACGUGGGUUUUGCGUAAGCUCUCUUACUCCAGCUUAUUCCGAAGAAAAAACAAAUAGCAUUAUGCUCAUCUUCAUCACUCUUUACCUUCUCCCUCUCCUCCAUCUCUUCCUUUCUGUUACUGCCACUGAAGAUUACUUGCUGCCAUACACUCCCACUGAUUUAAUACUCCUUAACUGUGGUGCAUCCUCUAACGCAUCGUCACCAGAUGGUCGCAGUUGGGAUGGUGAUUCCCAGUCUAAAUUCUCUGCCUCUAACCCCCAAAAUGCCUCAUCAGUGUUUGACGCCUCCACACAACAUUCCGUCGCCCGAGUCCCAUAUUUGACGGCCCGUAUUUUUCAUUCUAAAUUCACCUACACGUUUCCAGUCUUGCCUGGCCCAAAAUUUGUGCGUCUCUACUUUUAUCCAGCUACUUACUCAAACCUUGACAUGCCCAAAUCCUACUUUUCUCUCAGUGCCAAUAACUACAAGCUACUAAACAACUUUAGUGCCUCUCUUGCAGUUUCUGCUAUAAGACCUCCAGUUGACUACUUCACCAAAGAGUUCAUCAUCACCGUGUGGGACAACCAGAAGCUUGACUUAACCUUCACUCCAUCUCCAACAUCUUUCGCCUUCAUUAAUGGUAUCGAAAUCGUUUCCAUGCCAGACGGCUUCUAUGCUCGCGGCAAUGAUAACCCACUAACCUAUGUGGGCAACAAUUACUUCUUCUAUUUGGAUAACACCACUGCACUUGAGACAGUUUAUCGACUUAAUGUCGGUGGACAAGAUGUCAUUAAUACACGCGAUACUGGCAUGAGCAGAACAUGGCAUCAAGAUUUGGAUUAUCUCUUUGGAUCACCUGGGAACUUUCCUUAUCUACCUGUUGUUAAGAUAAAGUACACCCGCAACACACCAGCUUACACAGCACCUGUUAUGGUAUAUAGUACUAUGCGUUCGAUGGGUCCUGAACCACGUCUUAACAUAAAUUACAAUCUCACAUGGAUCUUCCCGGUUGAUGCUGGUUUCCAUUAUCUUCUUAGACUUCAUUUUUGUGAGACUCGAAUGGAGGUCAAACUUUUGAAUCAACAGGUAUUUUUCAUAUUCAUCAACAACCAAACAGCAGAGCAUGAUGCAGAUGUGAUCCACCUGAGCGGUGGUUACGGUAUUCCAGUGUACAAAGACUACAUCGUGCAGGUCCCUGAAGGAAGCCAGAGAAAGCUGGACUUGUGGCUCGCACUACACCCUAACAUGGACCUGAAACCUGCUUAUGCUGAUGCAAUCUUGAAUGGUUUGGAAAUAUUCAAGCUAAAUACAACAGAUGGAAAUCUUGCAGGACCGAACCCAGAACCAACAUUGACUCCUACACCAGCAGCAAAACAUCCAAGUCUACAAGAAAGCAGAAAGGGCAAAAGACCGUCAAUACCUCUGGUUAUAGGCAUCCUUGGAGGUGUGACUGGUGCUGUAUUUGCUUUCUCUCUUAUUCUUUAUCUCUUUGCUUUAAAACAGAAGAGAGUCAAGGACUCCAGUAAGAGUGAGGAAAAGUCCUCCUGGGCUCCCUUAUCACAAACAUCCAGGUCCACGACUACAGUCUCUUCAUCACUACCAACUGAUCUUUGUCGACGGUUUACAUUAGUUGAGAUCAUAGAAGCAACAAGAAACUUUGAUGAUCAACAUAUUAUUGGUUCAGGGGGAUUUGGUACUGUGUAUAAAGGAUACAUUGAAUACGGUUCCAUCCCAGUUGCCAUCAAACGACUAGAUUCGUUAUCAAAGCAAGGGACACGUGAGUUCCAGACUGAGAUUGAGAUGUUGUCCAAUCUUCGCCACCUCCAUCUUGUGUCAUUGAUUGGAUAUUGUGAUGAUCAUGAUGAGAUGAUCCUUGUGUACGAUUACAUGUCAAAAGGAACGCUUAGAGAACAUCUCUACAAAACAAAGAACUCUCCUCUUCCAUGGAAGCAGAGACUAGAAAUAUGUAUUGGUGCUGCAAAAGGGUUGCAUUAUCUUCAUUUAGGCGCAAAGCACACAAUCAUUCAUCGUGAUGUGAAGUCAACAAACAUAUUGCUGGAUGAGAAUUGGAUGGCUAAGGUUUCCGAUUUUGGGCUGUCCAGAUUAGGUCCCACUAGUGCAUCCCAAACCCAUGUUAGCACCGUCGUUAGAGGUAGUUUUGGAUAUGUAGAUCCGGAGUACUACCGUCGGCAACACCUCACAGAGAAAUCUGAUGUUUACUCAUUCGGUGUGGUUUUGUUUGAGGUGCUAUGUGCAAGGCCACCAGUGAUCCCAAGCUCACCAAAAGAGCAAGCAAGCUUAGCUGAGUGGGCACGGAAAUGUUAUCAAAGAGGAACCCUUGAUCAGAUCAUGGAUCCACAUUUAAGGGGUGAAGCUGCCCCUGUAUCUUUAAAUAAGUUCGGGGAGAUUGCUAACAGUUGCUUGCAUGGUAAAGGAAUUGAACGCCCAAAAAUGGGUGAUGUGGUUUGGGGCCUUGAGUUUGCGUUGCAGCUUCAACAAACUGCUGAGAAAAAUGUCAACGGUGUAGAUGGGGUCAACAUGGAAAAGGAAAGGUCAUUAUCACCGCAUGGAGAGGUCAUUACCACUGAUGGCGAUGACCUGUUUAGUGGAGCUGAGUCACUAUCAAGGACCACAGUUAGCACUCUUGAAGGAAGUAUCAACCAAAGGGAUUCGGAUCACGGAGCAAGGACAGAGGGUGUAUUUUCUGAAAUAAUUAGCCCAAAGGGACGAUGA